CUUUUUAAUGCAUAAGCUACAGUCCAAAGAAUUGAUAAUGAGUGGAAAUAUUGGUUGAUCAUCAGCAGUCCCUCCUAGGCUCCAGCCCGACAGGGAACGCUGUUGAUGCUCGGCUGCACUAGCAAUCUCCAUUGUCGGCCAAAGUUGAAUCUGCAAAUCAACCAAGCUGUGUUUAAGUGCAAAUUUACGCAUAGUGCCGGUCACUUUUUGGCAAGUAGCACCAGCAGAUCGCAGGAUCGCACCCUAUCGGAUUUGAUAGUACAGCAGGAGAUGAAUGCAGCUAGGAGGCUGAUCAGAGGUGUCAUAUUUGACAUGGACGGAACUUUGACCGUGCCAGUGAUUGAUUUUGCAGAAAUGCGGCGUCGCGUUAACAUACCAACGGGGGACCUCCUGGACGUGAUUGCGAGCUGGCCUGUAGAGAAACAGGAACAAGCCAAAAGGCUAAUUGAAGAGGUGGAAGAUGAGGCUCUUGAGAAGAUGGCCCUGAAUCCUGGGGUGGUUGAGCUAUGCACCCUUCUGGACACGAUGCACAUCCCAAGGGCUUUGCUGACACGCAACACUGCUAAAGCUGUACAAUACUUCCACGACCAGCAUUUUUUGUCCCAGCUGCUGCCCCCGUUUACCCCCGCCCUGGCAAGGGACUUUAUGCCUUAUAAACCAAGUCCUGCGGCAGUUCUUCACAUCUGCAAGGGAUGGGGUAUUUCUCCUACUGAUGCGGUGGUGAUAGGUGACUCUGCGAAAGACGAUGUGGUGUGUGGAAACCGAGCGGGCGCGGCUACAAUCUUGCUGGAUGAGGAAGGUCGCUCACUUGAGGAAAUAGGUUUAUUGGGCGAGCAAGUGCCCACAUUUGUUGCCCGGUCUCUGCAUGAUGUAGCCGUCCUCUUGAAGGAGAAGUUUGAGCUCAGACCCAAAAAUGGGGUGUAAUGCCGUGGUUUAUACAUUGAUGGAAUUGCCUCAGCCUUUGUAGCCUUUGUUCCCUAGUAAGGAAGAGAAGAGUGAAGUACUGCAUAAGCUUGUCCAGUAUUGUAAUGGAAUAGCCAAG